CUUUCAUUUUCCCCAAUGACUUCUGAUUCUGAAAGACCCGAAUCUCCGUCAUUCGACGAUAGGCGCUCUAGUAAUGACGAGUGCACUCGCCCUAAUGAUAUUGCCGGUCCGCACUAUAGAUCCACUUAUACUCUUCAAUCCCUCGAGCGGUUGAGAGAGCUUUGCCGGAUUCCGCCGGAAAUUAUGGCGGAAGCACAAAUAGCUGACCCCACAGAAUCCCCAGAGAACCAUCGCGAUGGUUACUUCUGUGUGUACGAGAUUUAUUUCAAGGGUUGCGGAUUAACCUUCCCACUUCCCGAAGCCCUACUUCUAAGCGUGAGAAGUUCAUCGAAGAAGACAGGGUAUUUCUCGGCAUACCCUAACGCUAACAGGAACGUCAUUUCACAUCUUCCAAACAAGGAUGAAAAUUGGCAUCACCCUUGGUUCCUGAUUAAGAAAACCCCUGCUUCGAUUGGAAGUCUAUCAGAUUUACUCCCAUCGAAGUGGUCCGCGAAAUCUGCUUUCGUCGCUCCGACUUUACCAACUGAAGAAUUCAUUGGCUUCUUCAAAAUAAUCCUCGAAGGGGAAACCCUUUGGAAUUCAUUCACUCUCGAACGGUUCAGAGAAGCCAAUCGAAAACUCAGGAUGAGCCCUCCCAAUCAACUUCAUCGUCUUCCGCCUCCUCCCUCAACCCAGGGAAUGUCAGCUCGGGCUCUCACUGCCCAGCGAAAAAUGAUUUCCAAGCCGAUGGCUGAGGCUUGUGAUGAGAAAAAGGCGUUCCUUGCGACCGCCAUUGACAAAAAAGAUUAUAGCAAAACCUUAUUGGUUGACGACGGUAGCACCGAAGGAGCCAGAUCCGUCGCCGUUUUCAGAUUGACACCUCGACGUGAACGUCACGAUGACCGUCCUCCCCGGAGGUCAUCCCGCAGUGGUUCUUCUCCGCGAAGAGAGAAGUCAAGGGCCCGGACUGACCGUUCUCCUCGAUCGUCCCCUCCUACUGAACCAAUGGGUCGUCCUCGUCCGGUCGAUAUGUCUUCUUCUUCUCAACGUAGUGGCGAGAAGACGAACCUGAGUGCAGCUCCUCAGAAGGAAAGUUCUGAGUCUCGAGAUGACUCUCCGAAGACAAAGCCUACUCUUGUUCCUGAGAUCAAAUCGCUCUCAGCCAUGGAGAAAGAGGGUAACGUUUUUCGGUGCUUCAAAACCCGAUCAGGUGCGAUCCUGCCGAAGUUCAACAAGUGGCGCUCUGCAAUUCGUGAACAAUACCUACUUCAUGCUCAUCAUUCAUCUCGGGUUACUAACGGCGAGCUCAAUGACAUAAUUGAACAUUACGAAGGGUUGGUCAUUGGUCGGGAGAAGGAGAUCGAUACGUGGAAGAGCAAGUUUUCUAAUCUCGAGGCUGACCUCCAUUCUUCUACCGACUCCAAGCAUGAUCUGGAGGACAAGGUUGAUGGUCUAUCAUCCGAGCUUGCGAAGAUAAAGGGGGAGCUGUAG